AUGGCUCUACGUCUCUUUAUAUCAAGACGUGGAUGCCCAAUUAAAAUUUACUCAGACAACGGGACAGCCUUCGUCGGAGCAAACAAUAUACUGAGACAACUCUACCAUGACGACGUAGUCAAUGAUGCUGCCAAUAAAAGGAUCCAGUGGCAGCAUUCCACCUUCCGAAGCGUAAAGACAGCUCUCUCCGCAACAUUAAAAGAAAAAUCCCCACGAGAAGAGGUACUACACACACUCCUCUUGGAAGCCGAAGCCUUAAUAAACUUAAGGCCUCUCACCCACGUCUCUGUAGACCCUAAAGACCAAGAAAGUAUAACGCCAUUUCACUUUUUAAUUGAUUGCUCCUCUCCUUACCAAUCAUACGGAGAGAUGGAUGAACGCGACCUUAUCCGUCGAGUAAGCUGGAAAAGAGGCCUUCGUCUUGCUGAUCACUUUUGGGCUAGAUGGUUGACGGAAUACCUCCCCACACUGAUUCCGAGACGACCAGGAGAAAAGCCAGUUCUUAAAGUCGGAGACCCGGUUCUUAUUGCCGACGGCAACCUCCCGCGCGGUUCAUGGCCACGGGGCCGUAUCUUAAAAACAUUCCUCGGUCCCGACAAAACGAUCCGUGUGGCAGAGAUCGCCACCAAAGGAGGUACCCUCAAAGGAGCAUCAGCACCAACACUCAAAAACAUAGAAAAUGUGAGAAUAGUAGGUGGUGAAGAUAUAGAAAUUUCCGAUGCACCAUACCAAGCCUCGGUAAUACACUAUAACCGUCAUGUCUGCGGAGGAACCAUCAUAGCAAGAGAUAUAAUAAUAACUGCAGCCCAUUGUAUGAUGGUUCCAGACAUCGAAGAAUAUACAGUUCGCGUCGGGUCAUCGUAUAGCACGCAUAGAGGGGAUAUAUAUCAAGUCGGGGAUGUGGCCCGUCACCCAGGUUACAGUUUCAACGAAAUGGAUAAUGAUAUAGCAGUCAUUUGGUUAUCAACACCUAUAAAUUUUAACGAAAACGUAUCCUCAAUUGAUUUGUUUGAACAUGAUGAGGAGUUGGAAGACGGAGAACUGGCUACGGUAACUGGAUGGGGAUAUACUGCGGAAGAGGGUGGUCACCCAGAUAUUUUACAAAGAGCACUGGUCCCGAAGGUGAAUCACGAAAAAUGCUAUCUGGCAUACGCCCCUGAAGACACCGUCACAUCCAAUAUGCUCUGCGCUGGAUAUCCCGAGGGCGGCAAAGAUGCUUGUCAGGGUGAUAGCGGUGGCCCCCUAAUGUAUAAUAACAAAUUGGCCGCUGUUGUAUCUUGGAGUAUCGGAUGUGCCAGACCCGACUAUCCUGGUGUUUACGCGAAAGUAUCAGCAUUCCGAGGGUGGUUGGACGAAGAGAUCACGAAUUUGAGAAUAAAAAACAUACUAUGA